AUGCAAGAGCUCAACAAUUGUUUAAUCGAUAAAUCAGAGCUCACCUCGCUAAUUAUCGGGGGAGACUGGAAUUGUACUUUAUCAAAAAAAGAUAAGAUCGGAGGUGCACCGUGGAAACUGUCUAGUUACCGUAAUCUCAUUCUGACCACGAUGGAAAUGUUUGACUUAGUGGAUAUUCAAAGAAUGCGCCAUCCAAAGUUACGCAAAUUUACGUACGAAUCAAAAUCUCUUAAACUUAAAUCUAGAAUUGACUUUUUCUUAAUUGCCAAAAAUCUCUCUGGGGAUGUAAAGAAUUCGGAAAUUUAUCAUGCAAUCGCGCCUGACCAUGACGCAAUUUACAUUUCAUUUUCUUGGUCUAACAAAUCCCCUCGGGGACCAGGACUCUGGAAAUUUAACAACACCUUAUUGAAUGAUAUUCAGUAUGUGAGCACGGUUCGGGAUACAUACGCUCAAGCGUGCAGUUAUUAUAGCCAUGUGUCGGAUAAGAGGCUCUUUUGGGAGUUAAUGAAAAUGGAAAUCAGAUCAGUGACCAUUUCCUUUUCCAAAUGUAAAGCAAAACGUAUCAGCAACAGAGAACAGGAAUUAAGACGUAGAAUAGAUCAACUUGAUGUUAUUAUCUGUGAAAAUUUUUCUUCCCCUUACAUCGAUGGAGUACUACGGGAAUACGACGGACUGAAAACGGAACUUAAAUCAAUUUACGAAGAAAAGGGAAAACAGACAAUGUUUAGAGCAAAGUGCCGUUGGAUAGAAAAUGGUGAACGCCCAACAAAGUAUUUUUUCAAUCUUGAAAAAAGUAAUUACAACAAAAAAACUAUCAGUGAACUUUGA